UAAAAGGAAAAAAAUGAAGAUUGCUUCUCCUUUUAAACUCCAUGUACACCCCUUCUCAGAAAUUCUCGGCAUCAUCAUCAUCGCAUUUGUUUCCAGAAGAGGAGAUAGGGAUUGGGUGUGUGUUUCUGUGUGUGAAAAUGGCGGAGAAAGAAAGACGCAAAUUCAGGGCUUUGGAUUUGUACAUAUGCCAAUUGAAGAUUCAGAUUUUUGGGGUUUUUACUGUAUUCAGAUGGGGGAUCAGCUGUGCGUUUCGGCCUCUCAAAAGUGCAGCAAAAGGAAGGCGUAAAUUAAUGGAAAUGUUAGUUGAACAUUCAGAUUUAUGGACUUCAGAAUUUUGGGAGAUGGGAAUUUAG